AUGAACCAUAUACUAACACCGUUUUUGUCUCAGCUGACUGCUGAAGCACAAUAUAUAUCUAUCUUCUUUGGCUUGUCUGACGGGCUGGGGAAAAAUGAUGAGGACUUUGGCAUGGCUCAUAUUCGAAGAAUCGGGCGAUCUCUGGCCCUCAGCGAGGUCUUCUUUCUCCUUGGACUGCUACUUGCAAAGGUAUCACUUAUCUUAUUGAUACGCCGUUUGUUCAGCCCAGAUAUGAGGUCACAUAUCAUGACAUGUGAUGUGGUACUGCUAUUAAGCGUACUCUGGGGCGCUGGUUCGAUGCUGGGGGCAUUGAUCAACUGUUCCCCUACCGGAAUGAUGGCUUUUAUUCACGGUUCUUGCAAGGAUAUAGUUCUAAGGUGGCAGGUUAUAAGUAUACUAGACGCAUUCACCGAACUGGUUAUUUUUGGAGUGGCAAUAUCAGUCAUCUGGGGAAUUCAAAUGAGUGCUUCACGGAAAGCCCGCGUAUUGAUGGCUUUUAUGCCUAGGCUGCCGAUUGUUGUUUUCGCACUUCUCCACGUUGAACGGAUAACGACGUUCUCCAGAAGAUCCAAACCCAGCGUCAGCAUUGUAGCGCCCCUCGUCUACCAGCAAAUUGAGCUUUGUUACUCUCUUGUAUCCUGCACCAUCCCCAAUCUCGGCGGCUAUCUACUCAAAUUUCACACCGGCAUGGGUAUAACGCUUGGGUACGUGUCAGAGCCAUACGGCUCAUCACGAGAUGCCGAAGGCUCCAAGGGCGUGCAGCUAUCAUCUUUGAAGAGCGUUCCAGAUGGUGACAAACAAACAGGCCCAACUCCAAGCGAAUCAAGUAAGUGUGGCUUUCUCCGACCUGAGCAGUAUGAAUAUCGAGCCUACGUUCGAAGCGCUGUUAACAGCCUAGAGAUUAACUCUGGCCAUGGUGAUAACGAUGGUCACUCAUUGAGUUCUCAGGGUAACCAGUCGGUGUUGAGCAUACAUAGUCAUGAUAUGAUAAUACGACGAGAUUUGCGGUACAGCGUUCGACAUGACUAG